GCAGCCAACCCACAUGGGAGAUGGAGAAGGAAUCUGCAAGUUGCCAGGUUUAAAGCAGAAGCUCUGAACUCUUUUGGAACACAAGAAGAGGGAGCUUGUCUCAACACAAUACACAAGGAAAAACCACCCGUCCCAAGACGUCCAAUACUCAUACACGUUAGUCGAAAACUAGCAGUGAUGCUUUUUUAACCCCACGGAAAUCCAAUUCACGACCAAAAGAAACGAAACGAAGAGAGCUCGAGGAGGGAGUUUCCAGAAAAUGCGCAUAAGGCUACCCUUUGCAGGAGCAUUCCUGUUCCUUCUCCUACUCGCGGGUUAUGCGGGUUUAACCUCCAUCCAAGUCGACGCGGUCAUUAACGACAAAGUCCUGCACACCCUAACCUUCUUCAUCCUCACCAUCGUCUUCUAUUGGAUACUUGAUACCAGCCGUCGAAGAAACCUCAACUUUACCUUGAUAAUCUGCACCGGAAUUCUUGGAGUCGGCUCCGAAUUUCUCCAAGGGUUCUUGCCCAAUGGUAGAACCUUUGAUUUCUACGAUAUCGUCGCCAAUAUCGUGGGCUCGCUAGCGGGCGUUGCAUUGUGUAGUUGGUAUCAUCUACGGAUGUUGGAGCGUAAGCGAUUGGCAAAGACGUAUCAUGUUGUACCCGGAGAUGAAGAGCAAGAUUUGGAAUUGGGGGAGGGAGUGGGAGCACAGGAGAGUGGUGUGACCGCGGCGCCCAGGACACUAGAUGAAGAAGUUGAUAACUGGGAUGAGAAUAUGGAAGAUGCAUGGGAUGAGGAUGAGCAAGCAGGCGCCGUGGACAGUGUCGAGGGCGAAGGGUUGAAGACGCCAAGUGCCAGUAGCACUGGUGAAGUCGAUGGGGACCCAAAGAAAAGAGCAGAUUAAGUUACAAUGCAACUUGCUAUGAUGUUACGGAUAUGAUUGGCUACAACGUAGUUUUAUGAGGGAACGAAAUUUAAAGCCUCCUUAACGACGAAAUAUGUUAGGUAAUCAAAUGUAUAUUAGACGAUAUUUCACGCAAAAAAGGAGAAAAGGAAAACACAAUGGAAGAAAAAUAAGCAACUGGCACAAGUACUCAUACCAAAAUCUUUGAUUCAACCA